AUGGAAUACUUUGUAAAGUUUAUUAAGCCUUCCAAAUAUGCUUCCUUUUUGGUUUCCAAUGCUAGGGAUGAAAUGAGUUGUUAUGUAACGGGCGUGUCCGAAGAUCUUGAAGAAGAAUGUCGUGCAACUAUGCUUCAUGAAAAUAUGGAUAUUUCUAGGUUGAUGGUUCAUGCUCAACAAGUAGAGGAGAGUCGUCUAAGGAAGAGGAAUAGGGAAUCUAAGAAGGAAAGAUCUUUUGAAAGUGGUUCUUCCAAGAGUAGGCUUGACAUUCAAGACAAGCCUAAGUUCAAGAAGAGGUUUUCAAACCAGGUUCCUUCAAAUAUCUCCAAGACUUGCAAUGAUAGGAUGUCUAAUUCUGAACCUCAAAAGGGGAUAGAUUUUGAUCCACCACGAGAAAUACCAACUUGUGGUAGGUAUGGUAAGAAACAUGUGGGUGAAUGCCUUAUUGGAACUAAUAGUUGCUAUGGUUGUGGCAAAGGUGGACAUUUGUUGAAAGAUCGUCCCAAUGUGAGGAGUCAAGGAAAUGGUAGUAUCCGAUGUCAAUCAAGCGAUCCUAUCUCUGAAGCUCAAAAAAGGAACCAUUUUUAUGCACUCAAGGCUAGGGGUGAACAAGAGAGCUCCCCCGAUGUUGUGAUUGGUAUGUUACAUAAUGUAGUAUAUAGGGUCAAAACAUACAGUUACUACACCCCAAGGACCACCGGAAGGUUCCUUGGGGAGGACCCAAAGUUGGGUAAUAAAGCUGCCAAGGCAACUUGCGUGCAGGCAGAUUCUGGUCGUUGCUGCGCUUCGCACAGCCAUAACGUGGGAAUAUGA